UGCUUGUAUCAAUGACAUCAUGAUCAGUGGACAUGACGUACAUACUACCCAAAAAUCAAAAUAGCAAAAUAUGGCGACAUCAAGCUCUUCGUCAGAUGGUUAUAGAUCAAGAGUAUUGACUGGUGACCUACCAGAAGGUUUUUUGCAAAUUGACAGUUCACAAACAACCACACCUUACUCCCAUGGAACAACACAAUCUGCUGUCUAUCAGAGUCCUUAUCCUAUGCAAGUUGUAACACGACUUAAGAUUACUGUUGCACAGGCCAAGCUUGCAAAGAAUUAUGGUCUUACAAGAAUGGAUCCGUAUUGUAGGGUUCGUGUUGGCCAUCAAGUUUUUGAGACUCAUACUGCAUCAAAUGGCUCAAUCAAUCCUCGAUGGAAUAAAACAAUUGCUUGUCCUUUCCAACGCAGUUCAGUCAAUACGAUCUAUGUGGAAAUUUUUGAUGAGCAUGCCUUUUCCCCAGACACUCAGAUAGCAUGGGGCUUAAUAAAGAUUAGUGAUGAUUUGCCUGUUGGUGAAAGUUGUGAUGAAUGGUAUCCUCUAAAUGGUAAACAAGGUGACGAGAAAGAAGGAAUGAUCAACAUUAUUCUUUCCAUUACUGAAUCUAAUGAGCCUGUACCUGCAGCUCCUAUGAUGAUAUUUCCCCAAGCAUACACCUAUGCUCCUGUUUACUAUCCACCCGUGCCCUAUGCAGUGCCCCAACAACGUUUGCCACCAACAGGUGCACCUUGUGUGCAGGUCAAACCAGAGGAUGUAAAAAACAUAAAAGAUAUGUUUCCUGAUGUGGAUGAAGAAGUCGUAAGGUCUGUAUUAAUGGCAAGUGGAGGCAAUGUUGAUGCUGCCUUGAAUCACUUGUUGAGCAUGAAUGAAAAAUAAAGUUUGAAAAUAAUUUAUGUUUGCACUUUGAAUUAAUAUUCUCGAGUCUUAGCUGAACAAACAUAUUUAAAAUAGACCUUUUCAUUAUGUAGUGCUCUAAAAUUUAGCUUGCUCUGCUUGUUUGAAGUAGCAAAGUGUGAUUUGUUGCACUUUAAUUCUAAUUUAAAUUUUGUUAUACCAAUAUUUUGGUACGUUAUUGAUAGUUUAAAAGUAAUAAAUAGUUUAUUGAAUGGAA